GGACACGGGGUGGGGCGGAGCCCGAUCGGAAGGCGGGUGGGCGGAUUUAAGAGAAUAUUGAAACCAAUUAGGAGAAGCGCGUUUGCCAUGGCGGAGGUGGUGUUGGAUUCGUGCUCCAGCAGUGACUCGGAGCCAGAGGGACCCCCCAAGAAGCGCCUCCCCAAGCGCCGCCGCCUCUGCCCGGACACUGCAGUCCUGGCCGUCCCGGUCUACUCCAAUAAGGUUCAGAACAGCCUCCAGCUUUUCCCUGAAUCUCUGAAGCUGCCGGUUCAAGGCCUGCUAGUGUCCUCUGGGCCCCAGGGUGCAUCUGAUGUGGAGGAGGAGAAAGCAGAAUUAGUGGCAGUGUCCCCCACAGAAGAAGAAAAAAGGUGUCAACUUUCGCCAUCGUCACCAUCCCCUCCGCCUUCCCCACGGCCACGGAGACGGUGCCAUGGAGCCCAAAUUCUUGACCAGAGGCUCAGAAAUCUGACAUCCACCCUCUCAGCUGUCAAGAAGAGCUUACAGGAUGAUGGGGAUGAUGUGAUUCUGAUUGACUCGCCUGAACCCUCAGAAUCCCAGGAGCUGGUCCUGAAGAUCCGGUGCCGGGCUGAUCUCUACAGAGUUUCUAUCCAGAUGACUGACCGCCUUCAGCGAGUGGCUGAACAUAUGGGACAGACGCUGAAGGUUCAUCCAAGCAGAAUACUCCUCCUGCUCCGGGACCGUGAACUUGCAGCUGAUGCCACUCCCGGUGGGCUGGGCCUAGGGGUGGCUGAUAUUAUUGAUUGCGUAGUGGAGGCGACUAGCAAAGAGAGUGGUGAGGUGGGAAACUUGCAGCUGCAUGUGCAAGGGAAGGACAAGAGCUCCCACAUGGACAUCACAGUCCGCAGGAAUGAGCCGUUGCGGACACUGAUGAAUUGCUAUCGUCAGGCCCAAGGACUUGGGAGGCGCAAACUGACCUUCUACUUUGAUGGGCAGCGUUUGGAAGAAAGCUGGACCCCAGAAGACAUGGGGAUGGAGCGUGGCGACGUCAUUGAAGUGUGGAGCUAGAGAGCUCUUCUCUCUUGGGCAAAGAGGCCAUGUCUCUUUGGGGUCUCCAUCAGGAUCCGAGCUCUGACAGACUUAAAUCCAUGCUACUUCUUACUUAUCCCUACUUUACCUUUUGCUAUUGGGGGAAGGGGGUGGAGGGACGAGGAAAAGAAAUGUCACUUGGUGUGGAGGAAUUGCCUACAUUUUCUAUCCUUUCUGGGCCACAAGAGGCAAAAGACUGGGAUCUCUCUCAUUUCUUUCCAUCUUCCAAAUAUUUGGAAACCACAAAUAAAGAAUUGUUUAAAUUGACCUAAUAUAGGAGCUUGGAUGGGAGAGAAAGUGGUGUUUAGCAGUGGACAGAUAUAUAUUCAGAGGCCCUGAUAAAUCCUGUUUCAAUAAACUGGAUUGAUCACAAUCCCACAAACAGUCCAGCAAAAAUUUGGUGAUGGGGGUUUCAAAGCAGUUUGCAGUUGUGCUGUGCAAGCUGUGCUUAACAGACAGUGACUCCAGAAUUCACAAAUCAUAGUUGGGAGUAAAGCUGUUCCUUGUGGCUGUCUGGCUCUGGCAAGGUUAUCCUCUCUGCUGGCAGGAAACCAACAAGCUAGGCUUUGUGCAUAAAAUGAGGGUUACUGUUUAUGUGUGGAAGCAUAACUGGAGUUGGUUGCACAAACUGUCAGGACACCUAAACACAGCUGUAGUGCCCUAUAGGAGUUGGGACCUUGUCAGGACAUCUAAACACAGCUGUAGUGCCCUACAGGAGUUGGAAUGAGGGUUAAUCUUUACUGUAGUCCAUGUGGUCUCAAUUGAUAUUUUAAACCUGUCUUUUUAAAAUAUGUAUAUAUACUUUUGUAAUAUAUAAAUAACUAGAAAAUAAAGAAGGAAAAAAAUUGCAUUUCUUUAAAUGAA